AUGAAUGUGAUGAGCUUCGCGCAAGAGUUCUCGAGCUUGGUCAUCCGUUAUACAAAGGAUCCCCUGCCGAAUCCUUCGCCGGAUAACAAUCAGCCGGCGAAUACGCCUUUGACCAAGCAAGAAGUAGCGAACGUUGUGAGCAACGUGCUCGCUACGCUGCUCGGAAUAAGUGAUAUUGCAGCUUGCUCUUCCGUCAAAACACCGACCACCGGAAUCGCCGGCGCGACUCCGGCAACCCCGGUCGUGCAUAACAUCAAUCGGGACGAGAACGAUAGGAGUGCAUGCAGAUUCAGCUCCCAGGAUAUUCAGGAAACUCCGCGGAAUCGUGGCGCUUCCACUACCGAGUCGAGCAUCGAUAAGAAAACGGAGAAGACCACACUCGAAGUGUUUCAAGAUGGCAAAAAGUUUAUCUCACGUUCGAGUCCCGCGAUCUGCGUCACGAAUAUCGGCAGAUCUGACACUUUCGUCCUCGAGGAACACCAAGCCGCGGAGGCCGCUGGCGACUUGAAGAAACUCAACGAUCCCUUCGCAAAGGCCGAUUUAACGGAUGUUUUAUUGCAAUCCCUGAACGAAGCACGGAUGUCCGCGAUUAAUUUUAUAGCGAAGUUGGAUGAUGUGAAGAAGCAAGCGUUCCCGGAGUCCUUUGCGCAACCGUUAAACACGCGGCGAUUAUCUACGAGCGACACCAAUUACGGUCGAACAUCUAUACCAGCCAGGAUGCGCAGGUCGAUCAGCGACUUCCCUGGAACACCAACAUCGUCUAGAUCGCUUUCGACAGGAUCGCAGGAUGCCGUGGACAAACGUAAAAAUUCCGGUCAUGCUUCUGUCGAUGCUACGUCUCGGAAAUUGAGCUUGGUCGCGCCGGUGACUCGUUCGGUAUCCAAUUUAAAUUUGUCAUCGAGUAACAAGUCGUUUGAUUCGGGUAGACCCACGAAGAAUCCCAAGUACGCUCACGUGCAGAGCACCAUACCGAAGCCAAUUUCUAGCAAGCGGAAGGCGCCAUAAUUACAGUGAAGCCCCUCCUUGUUCAAGGCUGCCACUUUCUAAAUAAAUAAAUUAAAUUAAAUUUUUAAUUUAUUUAUCGAAUACUCGAUUGACUUUGUGAUUUGCAAUUAUGUGUGAUGUAAAGGCGUUAAAUGCCAAUAAAGCCUUGUUGUAUUCCUCUUAUCUACGUUGUGACAACGCUUAUUUACAAGAUAGGGUUCGCGUCGCGCGUCAAGUCGGCGCAAAAUCUAUCCAUAAAUGAUCGCGGAUUUAUCGUCACGGAAUUAACAUCGAUAUAGAAUUGUGGAACUGGUAUCAAAUUAAUAUCGAUGUACGAUGGAAGUGAAAACAUUUUUCAAUCGCGCACGACACGUCCGUGUGUCAUGACUAUUGA